CACAGAAAUCGUGAUAAUUCAUCCAGACGUGAAGAUGUUGGCAGUUGUGGUUGUUUUAUUUCUAGCGCUCGGCGUGAGUGACGGAGUGAUUUUGAGUAAAUGUGAGCUGAAGCAGCAGCUUGAAAGAGGCCUGACACUGCAAAUCCCCAAUUCUGCAGACGUGCUGGCAAAGAUCGUGUGUCACGUCCAGCUGACCUCUGGCUUCAAUACCAGCGCCAUUAAGACGAUCGCUGAGCCACAAGAGCCCCGUAGAGGUCCCGGUCCUCGCCGUGGUAGGUCUCCCGGAGGAAAAAGUGAAGGUGGCUCUUCCAGUAAUGAAAGUGAUGGGGACAACGAUGAGGUCUGGACCCUGUACGGCUUGUUCCAGCUUAGCGACCAUGUGGUGUGCAACUCUGCUCAAAGUCGUGCACUGAACCUCUGCAGACUGUCCUGCGACAAGCUGAUUGACGAUAACACCAGUGAUGACAUAGCCUGUGUCCAGGCCCUUAUAAAUGCAGUAACUUCACCGAUUCCUGACCCCAAAACUGCUAGACACAUCCAUGAAAUGAUCUCGCUGAUCCACCAGCCAGAGUGUAUGACCAUGAAGGCCACUUCCUACUUUGCCGACUGUCAAACGCCCUAAAGUCCUGACCUCUAUUAGCACCCUGCUUUACUUUUGCAUUUAUGUGCAUUUAUAUUCGUAGCUUUCUUGCAAGACAACAAAAUUCAAGCACAAGUAGCUUGUGUUUUGUACUUGUAUGAGUCAUUAAAGCCAUUUGAAAAGCA